AUGACCCGUACUGAAGGCUCAUUUUCUGCCCCUCCACAAGUGCACACUUUCGAUGGGCUCUUGUCCGAUUUCGAUGGAACAAUAGUCGACUCGACAGAAGCGAUCGUCAAGCACUGGCACCUCAUUGGCGCUGAGCUAGGCGUGGACCCCAAGGUCAUCCUCUCAACAUCCCACGGCCGAAGAAGCAUCGAUACCAUCCAGCUGUACGACCCCUCCAAGGCCAACUGGGAAUGUAAGUACUCGCUAGACGAUAUCUAUCGACCCGACACCCAAGCUGACAGCACGCCCACAACAGACGUCAGCUACAUCGAGGGCCGCAUCCCCAAAGAAUAUGGUUCCGACGCCGUCGAGAUCCCCGGCGCCAGAUCCCUCCUCGACGCGCUGGACGAGUCCGGUGCGCGCUGGGGCGUCGUGACGUCCGGCACCCGGGCUCUCGUCGACGGCUGGCUGGGCGUCCUCAACCUCACACAUCCCAAGGUGCUGGUUGUCGCGGAGGACGUCGAGCUGGGCAAGCCCGAUCCCCGGUGCUACCUGCUUGGCCGGUCCCGGCUGGGCCUGGAGCACUCCUCGUCCCUGGUGGUGCUGGAAGAUGCGCCAUCGGGGAUCCGGGCGGGCAAGGCCGCUGGCUUCAAGGUGAUUGCGCUGACGACGACCCACACGCUCGAGCAGUUGCGGGAGGCCGGGGCGGAUUGGAUUGUGCAGGACCUGAGGAGCAUUUCUGUCAAGGGGGUUGAGGAUGGGAAGCUUCAGCUGGAAAUCAGGAAUGCGUUCCAAUAA